CAUUUUUCACGCUUUCUCUCUUUUUAAUCCUUUCUAACUAUUUUUUUUAUCUUUUAAUGUAUACGUAUACAUAUAUAUUUUUCUUGUUGUUAUUUUUCUUUUCCUUCUCUUCCUUUUUUUGUUCAUUAUUAAUUUCAAAGCAUGUAACUUUCAUUGAUCUAUUGUUAAGAUUCCAUAUUUCUUUACCCGCCCCCUCUCCUUUUUUUAUUCCCCAUCUCACCCCCUAAUGUUUCUCUCUCUCUCUCUCUCUCUCUCUUUAUCUUUUCACAUUGUUUUUAUCCCCCUCCCACCCCUUUUUAUUUCUUGCAUUGUUCGUAUCUUUUCAUCUUUUAUAUCCUCCCUCUUUCUCUUUUUUCUUUUCUCUUUAUCAUUUUAUAUAGUCCAUCACUUUUUAUCUUUCGCAUUGUUUUUCCAUUUUUUUACGGGUCCCCCUUACCCCGCCCUCUACCGUUUUAUCUUUCGUGCAUCCUCCUUCUCUUCUUAUCCGUCACAUUGUCUUUUCCCUUUUUUCAUAUUAUUUCUUAGAUCGUUUUUCUGCCACCUUUAUUAUUCGUCUUUAGAUAGUUAUUCUGUUUUCUGUAUUCUUCUUUUUCUAUUUAUUUUUUUUCUUUGUCCUUUUAAAAAUUUUUAUCAUAUUCCUUUUCCACUUUCGUUCAGUACCAUGUACGAGUUCAAACCUCCAAAUAAAUUUUUAAAUAUGAAAAUAAAUUUUCUCAAUGAUCAUUUUCACUUUAUACGUGACUUUUGUUAGUCUUUUUUAUCAACGAAAUUUUCGUAUAUGUCAUCGAUGUAUACGAAAAAAGAAAGAGAGAGGAAAUAUACGAAUGUCUGAAAGAAAAAAAGAAAGAGCAAUAGAGAAAGAGAGAGAGAGAGAGAGAGAGAGAGAAAGAGAGAGAGAGGGGGAAUAAUGUGUGCGUGUUUGAAACAGAGAGAAAGAGAGAGAAAGAGAGCUUGCAUUACAUUGCCGUCGGCGAGCUUAGGAGUCAAGUUCUAGUGCAUGGCCGAAACGGACUUCUGUUGAUGGGCCAAAACAAAAAAAAAGGAAAACAAAUGAAAUGAGUCCUAUUGAAUCAAGGACAUCCUCUGAUAUUGAAGAAGGUAAUGACAACAAAGAUAUUGUAAGAAGAAAGAAGUUAGUUGCCAAAAGGCAUUUUAAAGCAACACAAGAAUUUGAUACAAUACAAAUGGCAGAAAUUAAGAAGAAAAUGCAACAAAGGAAGGCAAAGAGUAAUUCGAAAAGUAAUUCAUCUACAAAUUCAUUCACGCAAUUUAAUUCUCCUACGAAAUUGUAUAAAAGUGAUGAGGAUAGAAAAACGGAAAUAAUGACGCCACAGAUGAGAGUUAUUUAUGAAAAGAUACAAAAGAAAAAUAUGAACAAAAAGGUGUCCAAGCAGUCGCAAUCGCUUCAUAAUGUUAAAGGCAUUGAAACAGUUGAAAAUAUUGAACAUAGAAUAAAAGUAGACAAGAAAAAAAAAAGAAAAAGAGAGGGCGUGACAAAAUCCUCAAGUUCGAAUCAAGAUACAUCUGCUUGUUCCAGUAGUCACGAAAGUGAUCUCACAAAAAAUGAUAUUAGGUGUUCUUCGAUCAAAGAUACAACCGAAAUCAAAUCAGAGAGGUCAAGUAUAACAAAAAAUAUAUUACAAAAUAAAAAAAAUUCUCAAUACAAAUCUAAGGAGACAAUAAUAGAAAAUAAAGAAUAUAAUAAUAGUAUAAAUAAGAAAAGUGGUAGAGUUAUAUCAAAGAGAAAUUUGGCCAAAGAUCGUAUGGAUAAAUUAAAGACAACAUUAAAUUUACAAAUGAAAGAUCAAAAGAAUAAUAAGUCAUCGCAAAGCAAUGAUAAAUCAUUGCUAGCUAUUAUAAAAGAUAAUGAAAUACCGGAUAUUUAUAAAACCAGUGAUAUGAGGUAUAAAAAUUUACGUAAUAGGCUAUUACGUAAUAAAAUAAUCCCUGAUGAAAAUCAAUUGUUGGCUUCAGUCAAAACUAAUAUGCAAAAUCAAUCUUUAAAUGCAUUAGGCGAAAAUCCUGUUAAUGAGUCUAAUGAUUCUUCUCUUUAUGAAGAAAUGGAUUGGGAACCAAUGGAAGAUGAAAAGAUAACAUUCGAGGUACAAGCUGCUAGAAUACAGUUAUGCGUUGAAAAUGCUAAAAAUGAAACAUUACCAAUGGAAGGAAAUAUUUUACAAUUUUCAUCAAUACCGGUUCAAGAAGAAAAGAAAACUUUGUACAUUGUUGUAGAUACAAAUGUGUUUUUAUCGAAUUUAGAUGCAAUCAUUAAAGCUAUGGUUACAGAAUUUGCAAAAUAUGAUAAACCAAUUCUUGUAAUCCCAUGGACUGUUAUACGAGAAUUGGAUUAUUUAAAAAAUGACAAAUUUGAAAGAAAGUCAAUACAUUUGCGUGAAAAAGCCAGAAAAGCUAUAAAUUUUCUUCAUGAUCAUUUUUCUGUUAAACAUCCACGUAUAGUCGGUCAGACAUUAGAGGAUGUAAGAAGCAACAAAGAAAAAUUUGCCAUUGAAUGUCCGGACGAUGAGAUACUACAAGCAUGUUUACAAAUUCGUAACGCAGAAAGAACUGUGGCUUUAUUAUCGUACGAUAAAAAUCUUUGCAACAAAGCAAUGAUAUACGACAUAGUAGCGCUUGGAAGAGACGAUCCUCUUGAAAAAAUAGAUUACAUUUUUGCGACUAAUAAUAAGAACUUAUCUUUACACGAUAUGUGUUUUGAAAAGACACAAGGUGAAGGUUCACAAAUUCUUUCAGCUUUCCAAGAAGAAUUACGUUAUUCGAACGAAUUAUUCGAAGAGAUCCAAUCUAUGAUAAAAGAACUUCUUUCAGUCAUAGUAAGUAAAGAAAUGAAAAAUUUAUUUGGUGAGACAUGGGAAAAAUAUACUAUAAUAAAGCCACCUUGGACAAUUUUGUGCGUAUUAAAAUGUGCUAUAAAACAUUGGAUAGCUGCUAUAAGCGAUGCGUUUGACAGGCAAGCAGAACAUCUUCUCAAAGAACUUUUGGAAAUAUUUAGAACAAUGCCAAAAGGUGGACGAAAAUUGAAAGAUAUUGCAAAAGUAUUAGAAAAGUCUGCUGAGCUGAUUCAAAUGAUCAAUGUGGAUAAAUAUUCUGAUCUUAUAAAUAGAGCAUCAAGUUCGAUUAAAAAUAUUAAAAAGAGAUGUCAAAAUUAUGAGAACGAGAUACGUGAGAAAAAAAUACAAGAAGAAAUUGGAACGGAGAAUGAUGUAAUUCAACAAAAAUGUAGAGCAGAUAAGGCCUUCAAUUAUUUCAAUUAUAUCUAUUCGUACGCACGUGACAUUGGAGGAAUGGCUGCAGAUAUCGUAAACAUGCCGUGCAGUUUUUGUUACGAAAUACCAAAUCCAGCACCCACGGUCGAAUAUGUGAAGAAAAUACAACCGGAAGUUGGACAAAACGUAAAUCAUUUGUUACGUAUUUUGACCGAAGCAUUAGAGGGAAUGAAGGAUGUUUCGAUCGAUCAUAAAACGUUGAUUGAUCUUUAUCACAUAUUGACAAAUUUUCUACCAGAUAGAACAAUAACGAACACUACGGAUUUAUGUCCGCUCGAUGUUUAUUGUUGUUUAAAAGAAAAAGAGGACGUAUUGAAAAUGGGUGUAAGACAGCUUCAAGAACUCUGCACACAUUAUUGCAGAUUGGUGGUUGCAACCAAUUGUCCUUCGAAUAUGUCACAUGUUUAGUUUCGAUAACGUGAAAAGUAUAAGCGUGUCUUGAUUUUUCGCUUUUGUUGGGAUAAGAGAAGUGUACCACUUGUCCAUGUAUAAGUAUGCAA